CGCUGCUGCUGCUGCAGGCGGAAGUUUAAUGCGCUGCUGCUGCUGCUGACACAAGCUUUCUGCUGGAGGAGUCUCCCAGAGAUUUGUCGCUGAUUAGGGAGGCGGCGGGACCAUGUGGGAGUCACAUGAGCAGCGAGGAUGAGGCGUAAACAAGGGGACAGCUCUUCUGCCUGGCUGCCUGAGAGAGGGCUCUAGAGAGGGCUUUAGAGAGGGUUUCCUGCUCAGGUCCUGCACCGGCUGCCCUCCGGCCCCCCACCGCUGCAGCUCACCAUGAACAGCACCACCCAGCCCCCUGCCACCGUGGAUGGGGCCGUGACAGUGGCCUACGUGCUGGUGCCCUUCUUCCUCAUCACCAUCACUGGGAUCGCUGCUGCUGUGAUAUUGUACGUCCGUAGGAAAAGAAGAAUCGACAGGCUUCGCCAUCAGUUGUUACCAGUUUACUCGUAUGAUCCUUCAGAAGAGCUCCAUGAGGCCGAGCAGGAAAUUCUGUGGAGAGAGGAGGACACGAGGAUCAUUCAGAGUUGGGCUCAAAGUUAUCAGCAGAAGCGUCCUCUUCUGGCCAAAGAUGUGAAUGCAUGACGACGGUGAAGCCCAGCGGGGAGAGUAUUGGAGAAUGACGGGACAAUCUUCUCAGAAAUCAGUCAUCUUUUAACUCACACUCACCACUAUCCCUGUCUGUGCUCCUUUUUUGCCAUUUAUCCCUGAAAAGCCCUUUAUUUGUCCUGUGUUACAUGCAGAUCGAUUGCUCAUCCGUGCAGUUCUGAUGCCAAACCUGCAUGCCUCUGACUUAUUUAUUUGAAACUAUUUAUACGACAUGUUUUUAGUGUGGUAGUUGAUAACGUCAGAGUCCCAGAAGGCAGGAGAUGCAGGCUCACACGCGUUGAGUCUCUUGUUUACAUUGAUAAUGCUGUGGAUGACAUGUGGUAAGAAGCGUUGUUCCUGUGGGUUGCAGUAGGCAUUUCUGCCGAUCGUGAGGCGCUGCCUGUGUUCAGUGUGGUGAGACUAUGAAUGUUGUUGCACUAGUUUAUAAAACAAAACAAGCCUGUUCGGGUUGGUUUUGGUGCAGGGGUUGUUUGCGUUACUGCUUUGUUUCGGUGAAACUGAUCGAGUGCGAGUGGGCUCCCAAGACCAGUUUUGUUACCUUUUUGGUUUCCUUUCGAGUCACAUGUUUGAACAGCUCUCCUUCAUUUUUAAGUUGCCUACAGAAUUAAAGUAGUUACCUUGGAAUGCACUUUCUUGUGGUUUUGCCAGACCCUGAGACUUAUUAAUGGCUUGAAAUGCCACAUUUAGACAUAAACAGCAACUUAGACUCAUCUCUUUAGCCAUGACUAGUGCCCAAAGCAUGUCCUGUCUAUAAGGCACGGCAGCAGUGAAGUUACUUGUGAGUAAUCUGUUAAGAUGAAUUCCAUUGAUCUGACUGUAUCAGGCGCUCAGGAAACCUGUUCUUCCCCCUCGUGUAGGAACUUCAGUUUUAUUGCCUUGCUUUCGCUGAAUGUAAACCAAGUGGUUGAAUAGAAGUACUACUGAACAGAGAAUUUUAUAGAUGCAUCACAUGUAUUGGUGCUUGAGUAUACCGUAAUUCUCUGGACCCAGAAAUAUGAGUUUCUACACAUGGGAUUUUUUUCAAAAUCUAAAGAUGAAAUAUGUAAUUCUUAAUUUAAUCUGUGCAAAAAAAAAAAAUCAGGAUUGCUUUUUGUGUUGAAUAUUUUUGUACCAGGUGGCACUUGUUGAGGAAACUACUGAUGUAAAUGGCAAAUGCAAUAUUGGGAGCACCGGUACAAAGUUUUUCUCCUUUCAGAUUCAGUUGUACAGUUGCUUUAAGAUUAAGGAUGUUGAAUAAAAGUUGACCACUUUUUUUUGUUUUCUGAGCUGCAUUCACCAUUUCCACUAACCCUCAGAUGAAGUUUGUAAUAAACGGCACUUGUGAAGAAAAAAA